GAACAGUCACAAAGCGAAGCCAGGCAAUUAGAGCCCGAAGUCUGGAAUGCAUCAGUGACAUCAGCAGAUGCUGGAUUUCAUCGCUGGUGAUGCUCUGCCAGGCCUCUACUGCAACUGCUGUCAGAACCUGCUUGUUCUUGGGGGAUUUUCCAUUCAGUUGUGUCUUCAGCGAGUGAAAUGCAUGCUCAUUUGGAUUCGGGUCAGGUGAUUCCCUUGGCCGUUGCCUAACAUUCCACUUCUUCGGCUUACAAAACUCUGGUCAUUAUCCAGCUAUACUGUGAAGCGCCGUCCGAUGACUUCUCAAGCCUUUGGCUGAAUAUGAGCAGACGAGCCAGCAGCACAGGUGGACGUGAUUCUCGGGGCAUGACGACUCCAAACAAGGGAAACAAGGCCUUAAAGGUGAAGCGGGAGCCGGGAGAAAAUGGCACCAGCCUGACUGACGACGAGCUGGUGAGCAUGUCGGUGCGCGAGCUGAACCAGCACCUACGCGGCCUGACCAAGGAGGAGAUCCUGCAGCUGAAGCAGCGGCGGCGCACGCUAAAGAACCGGGGCUACGCCGCCAGCUGCCGGGUGAAGCGUGUCACUCAGAAGGAGGAGCUGGAGAAGCAGAAGGCUCAGCUGCAGCAGGAAGUGGACAAGCUGGCCACGGAGAACGCCAGCAUGAAGGUAGAGCUGGACGCGCUGCGCUCCAAGUACGAGGCGCUGCAGAGCUUCGCCAGGACUGUGGCGCGCAAUCCUGUCGCCUCGGCCCGCGGGCCCGUGGCCUCGGUCAUCGGGCCCUUCAUCCCCGGUAAAGUGGCCGCCACCAGCGUCAUCACCAUCGUCAAAUCCAAAACGGAGGCUAGGUCGUAGUAGCGGAAAGACCCAAAAAUAGUCAGUGCAUUGUAACACGGCAUUCCAAUGGCAAUAUUGUUUUUCGACAACUGGUGCAGCUAUCGUUGUUUGCGAAGACCUGAUCGCUCUUUUUGUCUCUCAACACUUCACAGCCAGUACAAUCCUAUCCUGAUCAUGGUGAAAGGUUGAUUUACAUCUAGACAUGAAGCAUUCAAAGCCCUGCGAUUGUUAUCAUGCACUGACUGACUCGAGUAGAUUAAGAGAGACAUAUUAUGCAUUUCUUUUCACAAUUUCAAACAUUUCCCAGGUGUCUUAAUAACAUGUCUGUGACAUGCUUUAGUCGAAAUACCCCAAGGAUCAAGAAUCGUAGCACACUUUACACUGCACACACUAUUUCCGAAAAUAGCCUGUUGUGAGGGGGGGGAGACUGUAAACCCGGCCCCAUUUACUGCUGGACCAAUGGCAAGUCCGAAAGGGGGUGGAGGUAGGGCGUUGCGACUAAGUGAGCAACUUGUGCUUGCCCAAGAUGAGAGCCCAGAGUGUGAGGAACUCAUAAAGACAACGAAGCAUUUACACUCAUCCGCUUAUCAAUUCGUGUGCGGAUCCGACUGACCAAUCGAGUAGGUGCCGCUUAUCGGAGGCUUACUCAAUCAAGUUCGGAAACCCGUGGAUGCGUAGGUGGUUAUGUAAAUUAUCCGCUAUUACAUAACUGGGGUGGAAAUUUAGAACAGCUUGCUCAGAGACACAUUUUCCGAAAUAGGCAGUUAACAAAAACACACUCGGUUAAAUUGUACCUUUUGAUGGAUGGGGUAAGCACUCUCUUUGUAUACAAUCAAAAAGUCAAUUUUCCGUAAUAUGUACGUUCCCUUUUAAAGAAACAACUAAAAAAUCACAAGCAUGAAUUAUCGCACCUCAAAUUUUAGCAUUCUUUUCCGCUCCUCGCCCUGCGACAGCAUUUCACAGAACUUGUCAUGGCCGAUACGACCGGUAGAUGCAAUAAUACGUGUAUGCACUGAAAAUACAAAGAAAAAAAAGAGGGGGGAAAAAUAUGAGAGGCAACCUUUGAAUGUUCUUAACGUUUAAUCUACUAGGAGAAUAUAUGGUGGAGUUUUGGUUGUUUUUGUUCACACGGCCAUCAGAUGUUUUUUUUUUUUUUAAAACAAAACAGAAAUCUCACACAAGCUUUACUGUUUUAAUAGUUGUGUCAUUAUUUUGUCUUAAUGUGACUUACAGCACGGGUGGGGGAACCUAAAACCCCCAAAACACCAAAAGCAUUGAACCCAUGAAUCAUUAGCCUAAUAGCUUGGUUGCCUAAGUCGGAAAAACAAAAAAGCACGACAAAUUCAACAGAGUCUCCUCGAUUUAACAUUUGUGGAUUCCCGUGACCUGGGUGACUGAGAAUCUACACAUCCAUAAAGAAAAAACACUAUUUUUAGCAAGUGUAUUAGUGUUUUUGUAUUGAUAUUGUGACAUUAAGUUAAAAAAGUAAAAAAACAAAACAAAACAAAAAAACAAGCAAUUAUGGUAUUAGGUUAACAAAAUGCUGUUAAUGUAUAAUAAUAGCUUUUGGAAGCUCCCCCACUGUCUUAAUGUGUUUUUUUUAUUACCAGGUAAAAUACCUUAUGUUGUUUAUAGAAAUACAAGGUGGGGGGAAAAAAUAAUGCGUAGGAGAAAAAAAAUCUGUGACUUGACUUUUUUCAUUUUCUUUUGCAAUCGUACCAAAAGUGGCUUACUAUUGAAGUCUGAUAGCUUUGUUUUCUAGUGACUCUAGGCGCGUACUGUGAGGUAGCGCGUGACGUGACGUGUUCUUUAAGUGACAAGUUUUUGGCAGUGUCGUUCACUGUAUAGAUGUCAAUGCCGUGCUAUUUUUGAAGCCAGUCUGUAGAGCUAAACUUAGGUGGUGUAAACAAGGUCAGCUUGUCGUCGUGGCAUCUGUGCUAUCCUCCUCUUGCUUCUUCUUCUUCUUCUUCUUCCUCCUCCUCUGUGGUGUUUAGUUCCAAAGCCGGGUCAUGAUUUUUGCUCCCAGAAGUUCAGAGCGAUGCUUCUGUUUGUCGCUGUCCAAUGAAAAAUGUAUGGGAUUUAAAAAAAAAAAAAAAAAAGAAAAGAUAAUUACUUCUGAACACAAUCAAGUUUAGCCAAAUGCCAAUCCCGCUUUUCACCGGACAGCACAGAUUAAGGGCACCUAUUGUUUUCUUUUUGAAUAACCGCACUUCUUGAUUGGAGACUUACUACUAUUCCGGACUCGGGUUGCAAAGGGACGGACGAUUUCCGUAUCAGUUCUGGAACUUUUCCAUGGGACUUAAUGCGACUGAAUUGGAAAGACCUAGAAAUAGUAGUUUUCACCUACAAGCAUAUUCAUUGAAAUAUGAAAUGACUAAAAUAUGCAAACUGUUUCCAACAUUGGCUCCAGUGUUACUUUGUGUCUGUAAUCCGCUAUUGAAAUAAAUUUGCUUUGCUUUGCUUUGCAAUGAUCAUAAGCACUGUAGAAAAUGGAUGGAUGGAUGGAUAGUCGCAAUCUUGCGAUAGAAAUAUAAUAAUAUACUACUUCUUCUAUUACACUCCUUUCUCCCAAAAAUGACCAGACUAAUCUGCAAUAUCAUAUUUUCUAACAAUAUUUUAGUCACAUUUACUAAACUACAAAUUUCAUUCCUCUCAAUAUCCAGCUUCCGAUUCACAGGAAGCCGCAUUAUUUAUGGUACUCAUCUGGCGUAUCCAAUAAAAGGUCUCGUAAUCAUAAUACAGAAUUUUUUUUUUCUUCUUCCGAAAAUGAUCUGAUUUUUAUGCAGUAUUUUACUUUCAACCAUGAUUUGAAAAAGCCCUGUCAGAGAUUCCUUUUAAUAUACAAUUUCCCCCAAAAUUGCAUAAUUUUUAAUUUCCUAAUUUGACCAUAGACCAUUAUACAACUUAUUGCUCCUAAAAAUGGCAUUAUUUUGCAAUAUCAAAUUUUCGACCAAUUUGUUUUGGGAAAAAAAAAAAAAAAAAAAGAUAUUGACUAACCCAGUGUUUCUCUAACUUUUUACACCAAGUACCACCUCAAAGAAAUACUUGCCACUCUAAGUACCACCAUCAUGACCAAAAUUAAAAUACGGUAGCAUAUCAAAAUGGUCAAAAACGAGGCAGAGGUUUUACAGUGAACCCUCGCUACUUCGCGGUUCGACUAUCGCGGAUUCACGACUUUGCGGAUUUUUUUUACAGUACAAUUCUGCAUGCUGUUUUUUACAGCGUGCAAACCCGCAUUGUAUUCUGCGUCCUGAUUGGCUACGGUACCGUCGGCCAAUUUGAAUCAAUCUCCUCCGUGCCAUGUCUCCUGUACAGCACAGAAUGCGUUCGGCUUGCUAAAUUGAAAUUAGUGUUCGAUUGCUAGCAGUGUGACUCUGAAGUGCCUCCUGUCUGCGAGUUUUCUCCCAGACAUAACCAACAAUGUCGACGAAACGUGCCAAAGGGCACCUGCGGUCGCACCCAAAAGGCAAAGGAAGGUGCUAACUAUCGAAGGUGGCACGUCUGCUUAUAAGAAUCUUCUCGCCCUGAAGAAUAAAAAGCGGCAACAACUACCUAUAACUAUGUUCUUCUCUCGGGAAAGACAGCGGAGCGGCGUCAGAGGAAGCGUGAAAUACGCGCGAGUCACAAUUAAUAAUUUCUUAUGUUUCCAACCUCAUACGUUGUUCAUUAAAAUUCUAUUCGUUAUUUCUACAAAAUUGGUGGUGGCAUUUUUAAUAAUAUUGUAAGCCACUGUAACGUAAUGCACAGUUUGAACAUUUAAUUCAGUCAUUCUUUUCUGUACCUCUAGAGGGAGCCGGGGUACCACACUAAUAACCACUGGACCCAACCUGCAAAUUUACAGUUUGGGAAACUUUCUGUAAUUUUGCAACCCUACUCCAGACACGUGAGGGGCCUACAUUAAGGAGCGAUAGACCUUCCGAAUAGCGUUUUAUUACGACACAACGAAGACUGUAGCCAGUCAAUUAAAAAAAGGGUGUAUAUAAACUUUUCAGGGUUUAUUUUAUUUUAUUUAUUUAUUUAUUCAUUCAUUCAGGGCUAACUGUUUGUGUGCACUACGCUUGUUUUGCUCAGGACAAAACAGAUCACGAUAAAGUAGAACACAGGAAAAUCUGGAGAGAAGCAACGAGGCAGCUCUUGUUCCCUAUUUUAUUGAGUAUUUAUUUUUCAUAAGAAUAAUCUUAUCAUAAAGGGCUCCAAUCCACAGCGUGACCACGUCUUUACAAUCGGUUCCUCUUAAUAAUUUGCACGCCUCGUCUCAUGCUGGUCAAGCGAGGUGUUGCUUGGCGUAUGUUGAGUGGGGAAACUAACAAUAACGAUACACACGUGUGUAUUGGAUGUAGCCCGCUGUUGUUGUUGAUGCGUCUGUAUUACUGUGGCUGUGUUGUGGAGUCUGCAUCUUUUGAUUUGUGUGUACGCGUGUGUGUCAAGUGUCUUCAAACUGUGUUCACAAUCUUCGCAAUCUUCUAUACAGACGUUGCCUCGCUUUAUCACUCUCACACAAACGUGUGUGUGUGUGUGUGUGUGUGUAUAUGUGUAUAUAUGUAGAGAUAAAUAUAUUGUGUAUGUAUACUCACCAGACACAACAUAAGGUACACCUGCACAAGCAAAACGAGCUGUAUGAUGGGAAAUAUCUAUAACAUAUUUGCAGCUACCACCUGGAGGAUGGAGUCGUAAUUAUGAUUGGAAUUGAUACAAAUUUACCGGUUCCGAUUCCUUUAUCGAUGCUGCUUAUCGACCCGAUAUGUGAUGAUUCUCUCAAAUAAGGGGGACAAGUUUAUUCUUGUAAUGUUACGGCUUUUGCCCGGUUAUUUGAUGGCUUUUCUUGAGCCAGUACCACCGCCUAACGUCCACAAAGGGAUAAAUCGGCAGUCUCCCCCAUCUUUCGGGAUUAUUCAACUGUGUAGGUGUACCUAAUGAAGCGACUGUGUGGGUGUACACAGGUGAACAGUAUGUAGCUACAGUAGGCGUUGAUAAUGUGGAGUGAGGGGGAGGGGGGGGAAAAAAAGUGACCCUUAAUCAGCAACUCAGUGGAAAUGUGUGAAUGGUGUAGUAAGUCAAUGUUGUUGGUGUGACCACAUUGUGGUGGUGUGUUGUCUUUUGGUGUGUCUUUUUAGUUUGCAUAAUUUGCUGUUAUUCACAUGGUUGCCGUAAGAUUUGGCAAGUGUACUAAAGUGACACCAAAGUCCAAAAGCUACCAAAACAUCAGUACUGUAGUGGCUUUUUGUUAUCAGUACAGUGAUGCCUUGACAUACAAGUUGAAUUUGUUGUCGUUGUGACCACAUAUCGUAUCUUAAAAACACUCUGUUUAAAUUAGUGGACGUGCAAUUAAUCUGUUACAGCCCGCCUUAAAAAAAAAAAUGUUAAAAAAUGUUUUUAACGUGUUCUUAAUAUUUAUAUAAAAAUUGAUUUUCAGGUCAAAUAAAAUAUUGACAAAAAAUAUGUAUUGCUAUAAUAACUUAAAAAUAUAUAAUUUAUGUGAAAAAGUACAAAAUAUAUAUAUAUAUAUAUAUUUUUUUUUUUAAAUUUUUUUUUUAUACAAUAUCUUUGUAAGGUCAUGGGGAAGGAAUUUUGCAGGAAGAAAAACAAUUGUAAUAUUAUGGGAAAAAAUGCUGAAAAACUAAUUUACCAAGAAAACGUUUCUGAAAUUCUAUAUUCCAAGAAAAAUGUUUUUAACUUUGAGGAAAACAAUUCUAUCGCUCUGAUAAAGGCAAGAAUUAUGUUUCAUGUGGAAAAUUUCAUUUUUUGUUGCUUUUUCCCCCCAUAAUGCUGCAUCAGCGCCACCAACUCAUUUUGUCCUUUCACUGCAGGCAAACCAAUGUGAAUUGAUGAUGUGAAAUUUGCUGGCGCUAUCUUGUGGUGGGGGCCUGAAGCGCACUUGUAUCUCAAAUGUUUGCUCCUAUUUCAAGACAAAAAAAGAAUCGGCCAAGCUUCGUAUCUCAAAACACCCGUAUCUCAAGGCACCACUGUAUUUGUAUUAUUUCAUGUCUCGGGGACUUUGAUAUGAAAGAGUAUUACGGACACAUUGGAGGGGAAAAAAAUUUUGAGGAAAAAAGGUCGUACAAAUUUUACUCCUAAAAUUACACCUUUAUCUUGUAUUACCACUUUAUUUCUGUGGUAUUACAAAUUCGAUUAUAUAAAAAAAAAAAAAAAAAAAAAAAACUUAAUUCUCAUAACAUUACAAAUUGGCCCCCUAAUAUUGCAACUCUAUCUCAUAAAUAUGACUUUUUAUUCAAAAAAUUCAACUUCAUUCUCAUGAUAUUAAGACUUAAUGAUGUUUUUUUUCCCCUCAAAAUACAACUUUCUUCAUUACAAUGCUCGUCUUUUGUUUUUUUGUUAGUUUUUUUUUUUUUGUUUCCCUUGUGCUCCUAUUCCUCUGGCAUACAGUAAAGUAGUUGUUGUCAAACGUUUUUACACCAAGUACCACCUGAAAAAAUGACUUGGGUCAAAGAACCGGUACCACCAUAAUGACAACAUGAAAAUACUCUACAGUCGUGUUGUAUACCCAAAACGGAUGUUUUAUUCCUCAUAAAAAGUACAUUUAAUAUUAUUGUAAGCCACUGUAACCUUAUGCACAGGUUGAACAUUAACACUGCACUUGAAUAUAGUGAAAUAAAACACAGUACUUAAUGAUUCAAUUAAAAUGUAUGGCAUUUAAAGGUUAAGGAAAUACCUAAAUGUUUAAAAUCAAACCAUUUUUAAAGAUUGAAUGCCAAUGUUUUGAACAUUAAAGUUAAAUACAACUGAACUGUGCUUAGGCAAUGAUUCUUUUGCACACCACUAGAGGGAGUAGCCACAAUUGGGAAUCUCUGUUACAGUAUGCCUAAAAUAUCUCACGGGCCACUUGCAAUAUUUUGUUGUUGUGCAUUUAUGUGUUGUGUGAUUUUGUAUGAGCAAGGUUCCAUUGCUGCGACACCGCGUCGGUAAGACCCGCCACAAUAUUUUCUACUUUUGUUUUUAUGUUGCAGCAUGUUUUAACACUGUCUGAUGAGCUUUUAUUUUGAUUUUGCAGUUUCAAAAAAUAUUAAUCAUCAUCAGAGAGCAUAUAUAGAAGCACUUGUGCAACUUUUUUUUUUGUAAACUUUUCACACAAUCGACUGCAAUUAUUUAUUUUUUACUUCAUGCAACCCGUCUGUGUUUUAAAGCUUCACGAAAGCAAGUAAUACAAAGGUAAUAAAUCCUUUUUUUUCUGUAUGGGUUGUAAUAAAAUGCCGCAGUACUUUGUAUGAGAACAGUGAAUUGUAACUAUUUAUAAAUUAAAUUAUUAUUGUACGUUUUUGCAAUCUGUAGAUAAGUCCUGUAUGUACUGAUAUAUACAGUGUGGAUUAAAAUGUGAGGUGUCUUAAGUUAUUGAUGUAUAUAUUGUAUGUUUGUUGAUACAGCUUCCUUUAUUUUCUAUAAGAUCAAUAAAA